UUACACUAUCCGAUUAACAGAUUCCAGUGUCGAAUAACAACCAUCUCGUUCACAUCCCGCUCAUAUUUAUUUGGAUAUGCCCAGCUGUUUGUGAGUUUUAACUGUGUGGUAUGUGCACACUCCAGCAAUAGCUCAGUUACCCAGAAUGCACCGCAGUAGAGCUGCGAGUAAGUGACUGAGGAGGGGAUCCCAUCAGCAACACUAAGUGUAGUUUCUAUUUUAUUAUGUUUAUUAAUUCACUUUUAACCAAGUGCUGACAGGGAGACGAACAAGAAGAGGAUCGAGCUUAGAUUUCGUCGCGUGUAUAUCUCGGCCAUGCCUCUCUUCACGGCAAAUCCCUUUGAUCAAGAUGUUGAGAAAGCGACAAGUGAGAUGAACACAGCUGAGGACUGGGGCCUCAUUUUGGACAUUUGUGACAAGAUUGGACAGUCUCGCACUGGGCCUAAAGAAUGUCUGCGAUCUAUAAUGAGGAGAGUGAAUCACAAGGAUCCGCAUGUUGCCAUGCAAGCAUUGACGCUACUAGGCGCAUGUGUGUCAAACUGUGGAAAAAUAUUCCAUUUAGAGGUUUGCUCCAGGGAAUUUGCUAGUGAAGUUAGCAACGUGUUAAAUAAGGGUCACCCAAAAGUGUGUGAGAAACUGAAGGCUCUGAUGGUGGAAUGGGCCGAGGAUUUCCGUAAUGACCCCCAGCUCAGCCUCAUAUCGGCCAUGAUCAAGAACCUCCGAGAACAGGGCGUCAUCUUCCCUGCCGUGGGCUCUCAGGCAGCAGAACAAGCUAAAGCCAGUCCUGCACUGGUAGCUAAAGACCCUGCAACAUCAACAAAAAAGAAAGAAGAAGAAGACAUUGCUAAAGCGAUCGAACUGUCUCUGAAGGACCAGCGGCAACAGCAGCAGCCUCAGGUCUCUCUGUCUGGCCUCUACCCGAGCACCAGCAGCCUCCUCACAUCUCACAAGGCUGAAGGCAGAAAGGUCAGGGCCAUCUAUGACUUUGAGGCAGCCGAGGACAAUGAGCUCACCUUUAAAUCAGGCGAGAUCAUCACCAUCCUGGAUGACAGUGACCCUAAUUGGUGGAAGGGUGAGACGUAUCAGGGUGUUGGGCUUUUUCCGUCAAACUUUGUGACAGCGGACUUGACAGCAGAGCCCGAGAUGAUGAAAACAGAGAAGAAGACAGUGCAGUUCAGUGAAGACGUCCAGGUAGAGACGAUUGAACCGGAGCCAGAGCCUGUCUACAUCGAUGAGGAGAAAAUGGACCAGCUGCUUCAGAUUAUCCAGAGUGCAGAUCCAACAGAUGACCAGUCAGACACCUGUGAACUCCUGCAGUUGGAGGCUGCUUGCAACCAGAUGGGUCCUCUCAUUGAUCAGCAGUUGGAGGACAUUGACAGAAAACACUCGGAGCUGUCCGAACUGAACGUGAAGGUCAUGGAAGCGCUGUCUCUCUAUGCUAAGAUAAUGAAUGAAGACCCAGUAUACGCUAUGUAUGCCAAACUACAGAGCCAGCAAUACUACAUGCAGCAGACCCCAAACGCUUCCCAACAGGUGUACCCUGGCCAGUCCACUGGAGGGCAGUAUGCAAUGGGCAGCACAGCAGUACCGGGAUACAACGUUCCAAUGGAGCAGCUCUCUGCAAUGAACCAAACAGGAGCACCAAUGGCUCCCAGUGAUGUCCAUAUGUACAUGGGCCAGCCUCCAGUCUACAGCCCGACCCCUAGCAGCAUGCCUCCAGCUGAUGUCCAGUCCUACCAGACCCCAGCCGGCGCUCCAGUGGCCAUGAGCCAGACCCCCGGCUACACCGUGCCCUCCACCCAGAGCCUCCCUACUACUGCAGACAACCAACAGACCCCUUACCCUCAGAAAGCCCUCUUAUAGGACCCCUAAAGACUCAUACAAACACACACAGUUACAGUCAGAAACAAGGAACAUUCAGCUCACAAAGAUAUCUCCUACUUUUCUUUAAGACACUACAAACAAACACUGAUUCUGAUCACGACAGGAUGUACCGAUUGUUGACUACUAACCAGUGGUGUUCUUACAGAGCGGUUCAGAUCCAUCUUAUACUUCUUUGGUCUCUUUUAUAAGAACAUUUUGUUGAAGGUGAUGAGGAACGCUAUGUUAUACGGUUUAUUUGGCAGCAUCAUUAUAGGAAUAAUUAACUGGACGUUUCUUACAGGAACACACACAGCAUGCUUGUGUUGUACAUAUGUUUCCGUACCAAUGUAGGUCCCGGUAGUCCAGUGUUUGUCACAACAGGUCCUGAAGGGGAGGUUCCGUCAUCAUUUUAAUUUCUCAUCACUAUGAGUGUGUGUGUGUGUGUGUGUGUGUGCGCGAGAGAGAGCAUGUU